CCGACGGUACGGCGGUAGCUAGCAAGCGAACAGCACACAUCGACGGGCCAUUCAGUCGGCAUCGUCCGCUCUUCGCCGUUCGGUCAUUCGCUUACUCGCGCCUUGACGACAACGACGACGACGACGAGUAACUAGUCCCUCUCCUCAGUAGGCUCUCGACCGUUGUCCGCUCCGGUCCUCCCCGCGGCUUGCGGCGACGUGCUGCUACUGCUGCUGCCGCUGUCGCUGCUCCUGCCCUGGCACACAACACGUAUUAUUACUACCGCUGCUGUUGCUGUAGCAACAACGACGACGCCAAGACUAUCAGCACCCCAAGUGCUACCGGCACUGUUACUGAAGGAAGACAGCAUCGCUUCUGCUCCUACUGUUGUAACCUAUGCUACAACGGCUGCGGCGACGACUACUUACUACCCCCAUCAGUGCUACGGUAUCACACUGCAGCAGCAGCAGCAGCGACAACAACAACAACGAGUCCAUCACGUUACUGCUACGAUUUGUGCUGUGUUUUUGUGGUGUGCUGCUGGCGUAUUUCUUUAUAAAGGUACAGGCGAAAAAACCACUAGUACACUAGUACCAUUGCAAUAGUGUUAUAACAAUAAUAAUAACUAUUAUUAUUAUUAUUGCCAUAACUAUAAAGCUAGUGGUACAAAUUACCCAUUGUGAUACCACCCGUUAGAGUACGUAUACUACUACUUCGACCAACUCUCUGUGUAUAUAUGUGUACGUGUGCGCGCUAGUACGACGACGAUAACAACAAUAACGACGACGACGACGACGACGACGACAACAACACCGAUAGCAGCAACAACAACACCAACAGCCGCAGUGAUAUCAACAAGAAGUGUGUUUAGGGUGAAAAAAAGCAGUGAUUUCUAGUCGUGCUCUACUAUAAUUGCUACUUCGAGGUUUGCCACUGGUGCUAAGUGUCCACACAGAGUGCGUUUGUCCUCUGCAGAAGCGAACUGCCUGCCCACCACACGUGACCUGCGGUACAGUGGGCUUGCGUACUUGGGUCCUGCACAACAAGUUCACUUCGACGUUCAUCGUACCACAACUUUCGCUUAUGCUGUUUUUGUGAUGUGUUGAACAAUUUGCAAAAGUACAGUAUGAGACGUGUACCCACGGAUGAAAAUCACUUGCAAGGAAUCUAACUUAUCACCUUAACGACUUCCCGCUGCAGCUUAGGUCCCGGCCACGCUCGUUGUGAUGCCGGGUUCGAGCCCCGCGGUGAAGAGCGAGCCCCUCUGCGAAGUCUCGUCAGCCCCCGCUCUCAGCGCACCGGCCCCCGCGACCCUCACGGCCCCCGGCUCCCCCCUCGGACCGAACCAACUCGGCUCGCCAGUGGACCGGCCUCCCCCCGGAUUGCCUGCACAUUUGCAGCAUCUUCCAAGCUGCACACCGCUUGCUGCUGAUCCAGUCACCCAACGUCAGAUCUGCUCGUGCGUCGCGCAGUAUCAAAGACUAGCUGCUAGCGGUGCGAUGUACGGCCCUCCGGCACUGAGUCCCCCGAUCGGGGUGCCGCGGCCCUCAGCGGCUUCUGCGCCCAAGGCGAACCCCGACCCUCAGGUAGCGACCGCAGCAGCUUUGCAAGCUGCCGCUGCCGCCGGAUUUCUGCCCCUCGGCGGAGCUGAAGGAGUUCCGUCUGCCUUCUACCCGCCUGGCGCCAAUCCCGGCGGAGUCCCCACACCCGGUGCAGGUGGACUCGAGCUCAAGGAGAACCUCGAAGCCUGGCGAAAUCUAUCUCCUGCGGCGGCCGCAUACGCCCAAAUGUAUUCUGCCGGCUAUCCUUACGAUCCUGCUGCCGCCCCAUUGGCUGGCUAUCCAUUUGCCGGUUACGGCAUGGACCUGAAUGGCGCCCGGCGCAAGAACGCCACCCGGGAGACGACGAGUACGCUGAAAGCGUGGCUGAACGAGCACCGCAAGAACCCGUACCCCACUAAAGGAGAAAAGAUCAUGCUUGCUAUUAUCACCAGGAUGACUCUCACUCAGGUAUCGACCUGGUUCGCGAACGCACGUCGGAGACUCAAAAAAGAGAAUAAAAUGACCUGGUCGCCGCGGAAUCGCUGCGACGAAGACGAUGACGAUGACCUGGAUGAGGCAACGCCGACUAAUAACAACACUUCAUCAGCGCCCCGUGACGAGCAAACGCGUUCGCAGCCGCCUUCGGCCGAUCAACAGCGGGCGGCACUAAUGGCCGCUGAGGAAUUGGCGCAGCGCAACAAGCAGCUCGCGGAAUUGAUGCGAGGCGGGCCCGAGUGUCCGCCUGGUGCGUUAGGAGUUGCCGGCGGCCUGCUCGGUCCCGGUGGCCUUCAUCCUGCCCUCCUCGGCCAUCCGCACCCCCAUCUGGCGCAGCUGCAUGGCCUGCUGCAGCUCAAACGAUCAGCGCCGCCGGCCUCACACGACGACGAAAACGACCUUGUUGACGUUGACGAUCGUCCUGAACCAUCGCCGAAGCGCGAGCGUCGAUCGAGCGAAGGAUCCGCGAGCGAUAAUGACGCAAACGCGCAGCGUCCCGACUGCAAAUCCCCUAGCUCGCCCGAACACCGGUCGGCACUCAGCGGUCAUACGAGCGCCGGUAGUCCAGGUGGGCAUAAACCACGUAUCUGGAGUAUCGUUGAUACAGCGACAGAGCGCGAGGAGUUCAAAUCGGAACACAAGUCGCCUGGCCGCAGUCCGCAGUCGUCACCGCCACCGCCGCCCACCGCCCUCAACUCCCUUAUUGCCGAUCGCCUGUUCGGGGCACAUGCAGCAGCCGCCGCCCUCCAACAGAAACAGUGGUACGCCGCGCUGGCGCAGAACGCCGCGGCCCAUGCGCACGCUCAAGCGCAAGCUCAAGCAGCGCAAGCGGCGCAGAGGGCGCAGUCGCCCGCCGCCUCGACGACAUCAUCCACCUCGUAAUAUACAGUACAUAGGGAAAAAACAAUAAUAAAGUAACAUUAUUAUCGAAACAUAAUUGGAUCUCUUCAAGAACUCCACUUUUUUCGCGCACAGACUACCAAAACGACGAUCACCUCUGGCACAACGGAAAAGACGCCGAUGAAGACCAUUUCUGUCUCAUCAUUACGCUGUCUGUGCAUACACUGUUGUGCACACGUAUGUGUUGCGUGCACGUGUGAGGGGGAUGAGUACGUUGGUGCGUGUGCGCCUUGGAUCCUGGAUCUCACUAAGAGGAAAAGGCAAGCCGAGGACCGGAUAAAGGACAGCAGUAAUAGAUUGUAAUGACAUAUUAUAGAGAAAAAGAGACACAACAAGAAGUGACCGUCGAAGGCUGAUAAUGAGUGGCCAAUGAAUGGAAUCGCUGCAAUAUACCACCUACGAUGACUGAAUUGUGUCUUAUCAUUUAUUGACGGGAAAACGGCGCCACAACACGGAAUACGUUUGCCGUAACUGGGCCCGACGAUAGGAACCGUCGGUGACAAAUGGCGUCUGCAGCAGUUCCAAGUGCCUCAAAAACCUUUGGCCCUCGUACAUUGGGUGCAGCACAUCCUGUGUGGACUGGUGAACGAUUUGUGUCGCACAUGGUGUACUUUUGGUCGGAACAGCGCGGCACUAGAAGGUAAUGCGCAUGAGACGCAAUCGAUUACGUCAGAUGAGGCACUGGCGGAUGAGUCUGCUAUCCGGACUAUAAUAUUAACCGAAUGUAACAAGGCAGGAAGUGCACAUGUGGUAUUGACAUCUCCGACGAGUUACGCGAGUGAAAAAAGAAACAUAAACAAGUUUCAACUGACCGGUCGCUUAUAUCUAACAUACACAAAUGUUAUGGUGGAUGUAUAGAAAUGAACGUAAACUAAACGAAUGAAAAAUGGGGAAGACUGAAAUGGGGAUGGACCGAUUCUCUCAGUAUGACAAAAAUAACGAGAAACAGCCAGGAUAAAACAAACAAAGAAACAAACAAACAAACAAAUAGACAGACAGAUCG